UCUGGCAUUCUCAAGUUUUUUUUUAAUUCUUUGUUCAUUUUCAUUUUGAUUAUCUAUUAUGAUUUAAUAAAUAAUUUGAAUUUCUUUUUUUUUAUUUAUAUAUCUUGUUAUCAAACGCUUCCUGGCUCUAUUUAGACUCCUCAAUAAUUUGGAAACACCAAUUUGUGAGACUAAAAAUGGAUACACGGAACCUGAUGCAAGCUCCCUUCGCCAGAUUUCCUCAACCUGUUGUCUGUUCAAUUUGCAAUAAACAAUACAAAGAUGUUCAUGAACACAUUGAACAUAUGACAACUGUCCACCAAAUGAAAGCUACUUUUCGGUGUAGCACGUGUGGUGAUAUGUUUCCGACCAAAGUUGCAGUUGAAGCUCACCUUGCCACUCAUGCUGCCUCUGGUAAUGGGCCACCUACUGCAUUGUCAGCGCUACCAGCAACUGCUAUUAACUUAUCUGCUAGUUUAAAUAAUAAUGGCAUCAGUAAUAAUAUCAACAAUAAUGCUAGUAAUAAUGGCAACAAUUACACUAGUAACUUUAUCCAUUCAAAUAAUAUCAAAAAUGCUGAACGGUCAUCUUCAACCCCAUCCAAAGAGGGAGACAAACCAUCAUCAUCCGGAUCUUCCAUUUUAUCUAACAUUCAGGUGACCCGAAGUGCUUGUGAUGCUGAGAAUGUUCUAGCCCUUGACAUAGAAGAGGAUGAGGAAGACGAAGACGAUGACUUACUUAAAGAAGUUUAUAAUUGUGCGUGUGGCAAGGCAUAUUUAUUGAGAAUGUCCUUUGAUGCCCAUCAGAAAGUUUGCCCUACUAAAAAGCAGCAGUUCACUCCCAGUGGAAGGAAGCUAGAAUUGUCUGACAUAAAUUUGACAAGAAAAAAAGAAAGUCCACAGAAACGAACACCUACUAAAGGUCGUUUAAGUGGCAGCCUGGAUGCAUUGGGAUUGGAGCUGAGUGGAUCUGGGUCAUCCUAUUGCCCCAAAAUGGUUGAAAACAUUCAUUCUGAUGGCGAUACUAAUUGUAAAGCUUGUUUAAAGCCCAUGAAAGGUUUCAUCAGUUUAUGUAACCAUCUAAGUCGACGUUCUGAGUGCAGAAGCUUUUACAAUGAUAAUUUAAUACCUGGUCAAAGUUUGAAAGAAGAUAAAUCUAAUCCACCGAAAGAACCAACCACCACCGAUAAAAACAAACAAUCCAAGGAUUCUCAAGAUAAAGGCAAUACUUCUUUUGCAAAGUCAUCUGAUUCUCUCAAUCAAUCGAAACGAGCUUCCUCCAAUGCUAGUACUCCAAAUUUGUCAGCUGGUGGUGGUAGUAGUAGUAACUUUGGAAAUAAUAGCAAUACACCCGGUGACUCUAAAGGGCAGACAACCAGUCAUUCUUUCAAUGAACUUGCUCCUGAUGACAUCAUUAUUGCUCCUUCAGAUGAACUUAUCCGUCGAGCUUAUUUGGUUAGAAAUCGGGUUCAAUGUCCUAGAUGUUCCAAGAUAUUCGGCGGCAAAACUCCUGCCGUCGCUUAUAACAAUCAUAGACGCAAUAAACAUUGUCCAGCAACUCAAGCCACCGUUCCAUUUUUGAAGGCUAAAUUUAAUAACAAAAAUAAAGAACAAUCCAGUCCUCAAGCCGCUGAUACAGUUCCACCAACUAAUUCUAGCAAUCCUAGUAAUCCAAUCGAAUCAGAAUCAAAAUUACCCGAUUCUCUUGCUCAAGUCAGGUACUAUUGUAAAUUGUGUCCUAAUCGAGAUAUCAAAAAUCGUGUCUCUCUUGGUGUUCAUCUUACAACAUACCAUGGUCUACCUCCGGUUAAUAUAAGUUCCAAUGAAGGAAUCGCGUUGAGAUGUCAAACCUGUUCACAGACCUUCAAUUCCAAAUACUUUUACAAUAUGCAUCGCUAUGAGUGUGAUUCAACAUCUCCCUAUAUUGGAAUCUUAGAAGCAGAUAAAACAAAUGCUGAAUCUGAAGAUAUCGCACCCGAUAAUAAGCCUGAAACCAUAGAAAACGAAGAAGAAACUGCUGCUCAUCUUCCCGCUCCACCUCCAUCCAUCAUGCCUCCACCGAUUCAAUCAAUAUCUCCAACUCCUGCAUCACCUCCACCUCCAAAACCAUGUUCAAAUAGUUCUCCGUCCUCUGUUGGAUCGGCACCCUCAUCCAUUUCAACACCUUCUCAAUCUCAAUUACCAAAAGUUCAACCUACCUUUAAUAAUCCUCCUCGAGGAAGCGCAGUUAGCAAUGCAUACUUCGGUAGCAAUUACACUUGCACUUUAUGUCACAAGAAAGGUUUCCCUGGCCCUAAUGCGGUGCGAAUUCACCAAAAAUAUCAAUGUAUCAAACGACCUUUAGUCCCACCUCCAAAAUCCCCUUAUCCAUCCCCAUUAGCUAAACCGCGAACGAAAUCUUAUUCGAGACCUGUGGUUAAGGAAGAAUCUCAAUCAGAAGCGGGAUCAAAUGAGUCUCGAUUAGCUGCUCUUCUUGGCAGCCCUAACCCUGUUGCUCUCAACUCUCAACUUAAAGGGGAACUUAUCGCCGAAAUGAAUCGUGUUCAUGAGUCCGGAUUACUUAUGUGUGAAGAGUGUGGACGAGGUCCAUACAAUAGCCAAUAUUACCUACUUGAACACAAGAGACAAUUUUGUCAAGCAGGUAAAAGUAACCGUAAUAAUGUUUCCUCCCCAUCUAAUUCAAGCUCUUCUAAAUCGAUCGACAUUGAAAGUGCUUUGGAACAAAUUCCUAAACCAAUCUCACCGAAAACUAAUGAAAUAUCUAACAAAACAGUUCCUCCACCAAAUAAUUCUACCCAAUCAGUGCCUCAAAAAGCUGUUAACUCAAAUGAAACUUGCCAUGAAAACAUGGAAAUUAAUAGUUCAUAUAAUGAUGAAAAUAAUACCACUAAGAAUACAUCCAACAAUACUUUUAUAAAUACAGAUAAUCAUACGAACAACAAUGCUAACAAAGAGCCAAACGAUUCUGUUGACUUUGAUAUGCCUGAAAAUGUGCCUCUUGGUGAUUCUGAUGAAAUCAUCCAAUGUUCAGAGUGUGGAUUCCGUGAAGCUGAUAUAUCCAAAUUCGUCCGACAUCGCCUUAAACAUUUAGCUGAUAAACAAGAAGAUAGUUUAAUCUCAUAUUCAUGUGAAAUUUGCCGAGGAAAAGCAACUCUCAAUCAACUAUCCCGAAUCCGACAACAUUUACAUCAACAUUUGAAGAUAUACAAUGCAUUAUAUAAAAAAUACAAUCAUAAAAAUAGGAAAAAGCGCAGUUAUCCAUUUGCUGAUGAAAGUGAUAACGAUGAUCUUAUCACAUGUCCUUAUUGUCGGGCUUGUCAAUUUGAAAAUGCUGUUGGUUUAGAACAUCAUAUACGAACCUCUUGUCCUUUCCGAUUCCGUUGUGUUAAGUGUGAUCAAACCUUUUUAUCAAAAAGUUCUUUGAAGAAUCAUAAAGAUACGUGCCUAGAGGAACCUGAUAUGCCUGCCUCUAAAUUACUUACAUCCUGCCGCCAUUGUGGUCUUAAAUUUACCUCUAAACAGCGACAUUUCUACCAUGAACAAGCAUGUCACAAGGUUUACAAUGCUGACAUUUCUCAAAGAGUAGUGGAACUAAUUGAAAGAGCAUCUACUUGUUCAAUCUGCGGUUUGAAAGCUAAAAAUUAUAUAGGUAAAACUAAACAUGAAGCCAAGUGUCUUGAAAUGGCUUUGGACUUGCUUGGUAUCAAGUGUCUUCAGUUUGAUAAUAUUGAAGAUAACGAUAGUGAAUCGAGUAUAUUCAACGGAGAAUCUAUUGGUGAAAGCUCUUUGAUCUCGACAGAAGAAGAAGAGAUGAGGGAAGAAGUAGAGGAAGAAGAAAAGUUACCCGAAGAAACCUCAGAAGAAUCCUUACGGAAAAAGUUUGGAAUUUCUAAAGAAGUUGCUAUUGAACUUGAUAAAGUGGAUGAUAAUGUUUUGGAUUCACAUAUGGAUUAUUGUGAGAAAAGCAAUGACCGUACAAACAGCAACAACUAUAACAAAAGCGACAACAAACUGGAAUCAUUGAAGCAACUUUUAGAAAAACUUUUACGUCACUUGGUUCAAGAAGAUGAUGUUUUUGCUCAAAUAUUGGAUGGUAAACCUGUUGACGUAGCUUUAAAUCAAAUUUUACGAUUGAUGAACUGUGAACCAGAAGCAAAUAAUGAAAUGAACUAUAUCAAAGAUUUCCAGACUAAUGUUGAAACGUUUCUUAAACUAUCCAUUGAAAAAGAAACACUGGAAAAAGCUUAUCAAAAAACUAAAUCAAUCGACGAAGUCAUCACCAAUCUUCUCAAUAUUCACCCACCUGUAGAUUGAAUUAAUCAUUGUCCUUAAAUAUCUUCUUCUUCAUCAAUAUCAUCAACAUCAUCACCUUCAUUAUCGUCUUCACUCACCAAUAUCAUCUGAGAGAUUUCUCGUCUCAUCAAGUCAAUAAAAGUCGAGAGUGAAAAGUGGAAGUUAGCCGUAACGAAUAAAUAAAACGAAAAGCAUACCUGUAAAAGCAAUAAGCACUAAUUUCAUAUUUAAUAUAUUCAUAAACAUAAUUUAAUCCCACAUAUUUAUAUUUAUAUGCUACCCGAAUUCAAAACAAAAGAUAAGUGCUCAUUUAUAUAGUUAUAGAUAUGUUUGAUUCUGGUUGAUCUGAGGGAUGAUUUUCACAUUCAAAUUGACGACUUUCUUCUUCUACUUUUUCUACAAGUUGACGACUAAGGCAAUUUGACUUAUUUACUCUAUGCACAUACACAAUCCCGUGUUAAAGGACUAUUUUCCUAUUUCUUCUCGAUUGGCGCAAUCAAAUAUAAGCGAUCCACCAAUCAACACAUGAUGACAAUACUAAAAGCUUUGACAUUAACAUGUAUUUUGUUUACACACAUUUGCAGUUUUAUGAAGAAAAAUGAAAAGUUACCAAACCAUUACCUUUAUCCUCCUUCUCCUCUUGAACCCCUUAAAGUUGAAAUGUUUUUUCUAUUCUUAAAUACUUCUUUAAAUGCAAUUUAAAAAACUCAAUUAACUUAAUCAAUAUUAUGCAUAACCUAUGUAAUCAAUCGUUUUCUGAUAGGGAUUUGAUCAUACAAAUAUUCUUGUGUUCUGUUUUUCUCAUCAUUUCCAUACUCUAGUUAAAUAUAAAAAACAUGGCAAA